UCUUGACCCGCCGACUUUCAAGCUGUCGGUUAAACGUUAAGAAAUUCCAACCUCAUCCAUUUGCUGACCAAGAGCUCAGCAGAAUCACUUGUGCAUCACAGCCCCAAAAGCAAUUUCGACACUUCUUCGCUAGAAGUCCCAUCCUUUGCUCUCUCUCUCUCUCUCUCUCUCUCUUUACAAUUUCCACUCUUAUUAUUUUCUCUUUUUUUAAUUUGUUAUUAAUUCUGAUUAUAAACAAUAAAUAAUAAACAAAAGAGGAAAAAAGAAGAAAUAAAGGGCGAGAGAGGGAGGGAAAGAAAAUGGAAGAAGAGCGAGUAGGGUUAGCAUUAGCAAAGGCUACUGAACUGAGAUUGAAAAUCAGCAAUUGCAUCCAAAAAGCCGCCGCCGGGAAGCCCUCUUCUCCAAAGGAACAAAGUCCACAAAAACAAGAUGAGGAACAAACUGAUAAAUUGGGUAGCUUUAACGGAGACAAAGUCCCUAAUUUUCAUCAAAGUCUGACAGAAGCUGUUGAAGAACAAGAAGAGGAAGAAACAGAAAGGCUCUUGAAUAUUCGAGAUGCCCUUGAAUCCCUUGAAUCCCAGCUGUUUGCUUUGCAGAAAUACGCGAAACUAAUGGGGAAACUAAAAGAAAAUUGCCCAUGGGAUCCAAAUUUCAAGUUCCAAUUUAAUCUGCAACAUCAGCAACGGUAUGAAAAGGAAGUCGCCCUUGCCAAGAUUGAUUAUAGCCGGAGAAUACUCUUGCAGAAGCUUGAAGAAUAUCAAGGGAAGGACUUGGAAGUGAUUCUCGAGGCUGCUGCUUUUGUUAGUGAAACAGUGGAGAACAAUAAUGAUCUCCCCCUUCCUCCAUAUCCAAGUCACCCCCCACGAUCCUUGGUUUUGGAUAACGGCUAUUUGUCACACUUGCAGUCAACAUACAAGUCUUUGACAAAUGGGCUUACCCCUGGUGACCCAACAAACGACCCAACGAUCAUGAACGGACAUCAGGAGAAUAAGAAGCAAUACAAAUCCAGAAACUUGAGGCAAGGAUUGGGCCACUUCAUAAGUUCAGCAGUCAAGACGGUGCUUCCCCUUGUUGGUGUAAUAUACAUAUUAAGCUUGUCCAAUUUUGUGCCAAACCUUGGGAAAGGCACCCCUCUCAAGUUUUUGGCCAUGGUUCAGCAACGUGCAACUGAAGAAAAGAAUUCUACUGUCCAAUGUCCACCUGGGAAAGUCCUGGUGAUGGAGGGCGGAGAAGCUCGAUGCUUGGUAAAAGAGAGGAUUGAAGUACCAUUUGAGUCAAUUGUUGCCAAGCCAGAUAUAAAUUAUGGGUGCGGUUAAUUUGAUAUGACUCCCCAUUGUGUGUAUAACUCUACUUUUAUUUGGUGUAAUGAAGUUUUAAUUCAGCAGCCUUUGGUUUUUGUGGCUUUUGUGAAAUGGGAUAGCAAUGGGGUGUAAAAAUGCGAGAAAUUUUCAAUUGUAAUUUUGCUUUUAUGAUCAAGCCCGACAUUGGCCAACUAGCCGCAUGGCAUUUUGUUGGGUUAUUAAUGUGGUUUUUCUCCCUUGCUGUUGAUUCAUGACGAUAAUACUUCGACUUCCAAAAGUUAUUAAAUUGCACUGUACAUACUAUUAA